AUGAAAUCAUUGGACAAUGAUAGGUCCAUAACCGGCCGUACAGAACUCCAGCAAGACAACGACAAAGAGGAAGAAAACGCCGAACAAACACCAAAUGAAAAUGAUCAAAAUCCAACAUCAAGUCGAGCAAAUCUAGAUGAAACAACAGCAGUAUCAAUUGGCGAAGAGAGAAAAAAUCAGCAAAUAUCAACGAUCGAAAGAAAAAUCGAAGAGAAAACCGAACGAUUAACUGCAAUGGCUGAAGAUUUAGAAGAAGAAGGAAGACGAAUAUUAGGAUACGACAACAGCUCGAAAGCUAAGGUUAAAUUGGAUAAAAUUCAUAAAAUACUUUCAAAACAACUAGCCUUUCAAAAUGUCACAAAACUUGAGAUACCGGCGAGCAAAUAUACUGUCAAGAUUAUAUACUGCCCUAAAUAUCAUUGUGAAUCAAACGCAAUUGAAGGUCUUUGGUGCAAUCAAAAGGCAUUUGUUCGUUCACGUACAGAUCAAAGUUUUGAAAAACUGAUAAAAUUAAUAGCGGAUUCUCGUAUACAUUUUGUCGAACGAAAUAUUGCAUUAAAAUUAUUUCGCCGGUUUUGGCGUUCAAUCGAAGCAUAUUCUCAAGGUCAAACAUAUGCUGAUGUGUUAAAGUUGUUUUUCAGUCAACUUUGCAAAACAUCGGUCCAAUCACAUCGUAGAAUAUCAAAUAAAAACAUAAACGAACCUUAA